UCUGCCCGCAGCUGGCGCAGCGCGGGGGCGGCCGCGGGUGGGCGGGUGCCGCGGGCCCCGGCUCCGAGCAUGAGCCGCCGCCGGCGCCGGCCGCGCGCUGCUCGGGGCCCGACUGCGGCGCGAGGGCCGCGCGGGAGCGACGCCGGCCCGGAGCGAGGAAACUAUGCCCCAGACGUCUGUGGUCUUCUCCAGCAUCCUCGGACCCAGCUGUAGUGGACAGGCACAUCCCAGCAUGGGGGAGCGUGGCGGCGGCGGCGCGGGCAGCUCUGGGGACCUCAUCUUCCAAGACGGACGUCUCAUCUCUGGGUCCCUGGAGGCUCUGAUGGAGCACCUGGCCCCCACCGUGGACUAUUACCCCGAUCGGACCUACAUCUUCACGUUUCUUCUGAGCUCCCGGGUCUUCAUCCCGCCACAUGACCUGCUGGCCCGCCUGGGGCAGAUCUGCCUGGAGCAGCGACAGCAGCUGGAGGCUGGACCAGAAAAGGCCAAGCUGAAAGCCUUCUCGGCCAAGAUCGUGCAACUGCUGAAAGAGUGGACGGAAGCCUUCCCCUACGAUUUCCAGGAUGAGAAGGCCAUGGCUGAGCUCAAGGCCAUCGCCCACAGGGUCACACAGUGUGACGAGGAGAAUGGCACCGUUAAGAAGGCCAUCGCCCAAAUGAUCCAGAGCCUGCUGCUGUCCCUGGCUGCCCGGAGUCAGCUGCAGGAGCUGCGGGACAAGAUCCGCUCGCCAGCCGUGGACAAGGGGCCUGUCCUCAAGGCCAAGCCACCAACCACGCAGAAGGACAUUCUAGGGGUGUGCUGUGACCCCCUGGUGCUGGCCCAGCAGCUCACGCACAUAGAGCUGGAGCGGGUCAGCAGCAUUCACCCCGAGGACCUGAUGCAGAUCGUCAGCCACAUGGACUCUCGAGACAAGCACAGGUGCCGAGGGGACCUGACCAAGACCUACAGUCUAGAGGCCUAUGACAACUGGUUCAACUGCCUCAGCAUGCUGGUGGCCACUGAGGUGUGCCGGGUGGUGAAGAAGAAGCACCGGACCCGCAUGUUGGAGUUCUUCAUUGACGUGGCCCGGGAGUGCUUCAACAUUGGAAACUUCAACUCCAUGAUGGCUAUCAUCUCUGGCAUGAACCUCAGUCCAGUGGCGCGGCUCAAGAAAACAUGGUCCAAGGUCAAGACGGCCAAGUUUGAUGUCUUAGAGCAUCACAUGGACCCAUCCAGCAACUUCUGUAACUACCGCACGGCCCUGCAGGGGGCCACGCAGAGAUCUCAGACAGCCAACAGCAGCCGCGAGAAGAUCGUCAUCCCCGUGUUCAACCUUUUCGUUAAAGACAUCUACUUCCUGCACAAAAUCCACACCAACCACUUGCCCAAUGGGCACAUUAACUUCAAGAAAUUUUGGGAGAUCUCCCGACAGAUCCACGAGUUCAUGACAUGGACCCAGGUCGAGUGUCCUUUCGAGAAAGACAAGAAGAUUCAGAGUUACCUGCUCACAGCGCCCAUCUACAGCGAGGAAGCUCUCUUCAUCGCCUCCUUUGAGAGUGAAGGUCCCGAGAACCACAUGGAAAAGGACAGCUGGAAGACGCUCAGGACCACGCUCCUCAACAGGGCCUGAGGCGCAGUCGCUGGGACCACACAGGCGCCGUCUCACCGGGACUGACCUGGGCCGCACGCAGGAGGAGGCCUCACUGGUUGGGGUCCAUUUUGUAUAUAACUUUUCUGAAAAAUGAAAGUAAUUCUUUCACGCAUCGACGACCUUUGGCACUGACAAAUGAUGUUUUGUUUACUUUCAAGAACAGGGCAGGGCCCUGCUUGGGGAAGGGAGGGGGAAAGAGUAUCAUGGGAGACGGCAUCCAUGAUAACGUCUUAUUCCAAUGAAAUGUAGAUUUUUAUUUUCUACUUUUGAGAUUAACAUCUUAUGAGUAAAA